AUGCCAGUAACUGGUCGUUUAGCUGAUAUUGCACAAAAAUCUGCAGUUCUCUUGCUUGCAGGAACCACUGUUUACUACAUGGUCAAUGUUGGCAUGCUGGUCAACCGCAGGAUGGAAUUGAAGAAGCAAGGAAAGCUUCAUGAAGAACUUGCUCGCUUGAACGACGUCUUGGAAGCACAGCAAGCACAAAAAUCACUCCAUGCCGAAACAUCGACAACACCUACUCCUUUCCCAGACACAGGCAGACCUGGAGAACUUGUAAAAGACCUUUAA